AGAGCUGACAGACACUUUGCUCAACACGGCACAUUCACCUUUUUUGGUAACUGGCCUGUGCAGAGGGUUUGUCCACUGUUGCUGGGGAAGAGGUGGAAGCCGGGCGGGUCGGUGGUCCGGACGGACCGAGAGAAAUUCUCCCACAGACCCCGUUAACAGCGAGGAGGCGUUGGAGCUGCAUUUUUUGUUUACAACCGCCUAAAGAGGGUCGAACACCAUGUCCCUUUUUGUUGUGGUCAGUUAAGGAGGCGAGUAGCAUAUGCUGUCAGAUGAACUCGGCUUUCCUAAUUCGCCUGGCCUGACCACCCAGGACCCCGACAGGUUUCUCCAAAAUGAACAUGAAUGUUUUGGAUCAGCGAACCUUCUAGUUUCAAUACGAACAUAAGCUGAAGUCAUCACAGAAAGACAAGGUCCGCCAGUUCAUGUCUUUCACCCAAGCCGGGGAGAGGACGGCUGUCUAUUGCCUCACGCAGAAUGACUGGAAACUAGAGGUGGCCACAGACAACUACUUCCAAAACCCGGAUCUCUACUAUAAAGAAUCCAUGAAAACCACAGUGGACCGCAAGAAGCUGGAACAGCUGUACAACAGAUACAAAGACCCUCAGGAUGAGAAUAAAAUUGGUAUUGAUGGGAUCCAGCAGUUCUGUGAUGACCUGACCCUGGACCCGGCCAGCAUGAGUGUUCUAGUGGUGGCCUGGAAGUUUCGGGCAGCUACACAGUGCGAGUUCAGCCGGAAGGAAUUUCUAGAUGGAAUGUCUGAGCUGGGGUGCGACAGCCCAGAGAAACUAAAGGCCAUUUUACCCAGACUAGAACAGGAACUCAAAGACUCUGGAAAGUUCAAGGACUUUUACCAGUUUACCUUCAACUUUGCCAAGAACCCAGGCCAGAAAGGCUUAGAUUUAGAAAUGGCUGUAGCCUAUUGGAACCUGGUGCUGACAGGCCGGUUUAAGUUUCUGGACCUCUGGAACAGGUUUCUGUUGGAACACCAUAAACGGUCCAUCCCAAAAGACACAUGGAAUCUCCUUCUAGACUUUGGAAACAUGAUUGCAGAUGAUAUGUCAAACUAUGAUGAGGAAGGAGCGUGGCCGGUACUCAUAGACGACUUUGUGGAAUUUGCCCGGCCAAUCGUUACAGCGGGCAAGCGCAAAAACGUAUAAUCACCACCUACCUCUUGGAGAGGGAAGUGGCACCUUAUCUCUCUGUUCAGACUUUUUUUGAUAGUAAAAAAGAUUUAAAAGAAACAAAAAAUGCAAGAGACUUUUAAGUUAUAAGUCUGUGCUACCAAACUUGGGUUGAGCAAUGUAGAGCUGACCAGGCCUUAUCAGGAAUGAGUGAGAUUGUUUGGAGCACAUCACCACCAGAGGGCGACAGUGAACCAGCCCCCAAUGGCAUCAAGUUGGAGGAGCCCCUAUCAUCCAUCUUGAGUUGCCCUAGCCUCAAUGCCACUGUGUUAAUGGACAUUAUGACCUUGUCCUGCACUGUCCACCAAGCUGCAGUUCAGGAGUGGUGCUUGAGGCACGUAAGCAUGUCAAGUCCCAAGGCUGGAGCCCAUAAAGGGGUGUAAUAUAGGAUAAUAGAUUGUGCAUGUUAUUUGUGAUUGAUGCACAGUGUUGAGCUGUGCAAAGUACAAGAAAGAAAAACUGAAGAUCAGUUUUCAUUGAGCAAUGUCAUGUACAGCCCCCACUGUGUCAUUGCGCAUUGUUACAAAUUUGCAGGAAGUGUAAACUUCCAGGUCUGUUGUCCUGCAGUGUAAAGCCUCCUUUCUUAUAUUUGAAAUGUGUAAAGACAAGAUCCAGUUUCGUAAACAAGUCAGAAAAACAACAUGCAGCAAUGCUCAGAACACCAGCAGAAGUAAGAUUGCUACAGUUGUAAAAUACUGUAUCUAAUAGAGAUAUGUACAGACAUAUUGCCACAAAUGCGUAUGAACAUAGAUACAUGAUGUUUAUUAAUGUAACGAGAAAGUAUUUGGAAUAAUCUAUCUUGAAAUCUUGGAUGUCCUCAAUGUGCUUUUCCACAUUUAAACAUGUAUCAUUGGUUUUAACUUUGUUUUAAUUUUUGUUCUUUAAAUAGAAUGCUGGGUUUUUUUUAGGUUUCCAUUUGAGUUACAAUUUUCUUAAUUAUUGAUUUACACAUCAUAUUUCUAACUUGCCUUGCAAUAUAUGCACAUUUCAAGCUGCGUAACAUUUAAACUGGCGAAAAUCUGACAAAACUGAAUAUAAUUAAAUUAAGAAAUAGUUCCCUUUUGACUUUUAUUUAACACUUUUACUUAAAACACUAACAUAGAGAUUGUGAGAGUGGAUUUUAUUUACAGCCAAUAAUGAUGUCAAAUGUUUUUUUUUUUUGUUUGUUUUUUUUUUUUAAUUAUUAUUAUUAUUAUGCAAACACUUGCACACACUACAGUAAGUUGACUAGAAGGCUCAUAUUGUAUUUCUUUGGAUUUUAUUUAUUGUUUUUGUAGAAUUCUGGACAAGGUGCUAUGGUGUUCUGGAUCUCCUCAUUUAACUGUUACAGAUUGCCAUUUUUGUCCAGUUUUGUUUGUUGGACAUGUACUUCCAUCAUGACGGAGACGAGCCUCCUCAUAAUGUUGUCCUCAUGUGGUACGCCUUGCAGAGUGUUCAGUGUUUGGACUGUUGAGUCCUGGGUAGUCAAUCUCAUCAAAUCAGUAUUAUUGCAUAUGUAAAUAAAGAUUAUUUAAAGAAGAAAAAAAGCUGUUAUCUCCAUUAUCAAAUCUGAACCCAUUUGUUUGAUUGUGGAGUAAGGAAGGUGUUCAAUAAAGCAUGUUUUUUAAAAAAAAUUGAAAAA